AUGCUGCCGACAGUGGAGGAGAGUCGAGGCUACGACUUCCAGGACCCGGAGAAUGCAGAAAAAUGGCGGGGACUAUUCGUCAACUCGCUGCGCAAGGUCUUGGAGCAAGUGCAUCCCACAUUAACAGCUGAGGAGAGUGCACUUGAAUAUGUCGAGUCACUAUGUCUACGGUUACUGGCAAUGCUCUGUGCAGUCCCUUCACCACUCACCGUCCAGGAUGUUGAAGAACGAGUGGCUAGAACUUUCCCAACGCCCUUGGACAAAUGGGCACUGGUGGAUGCACGUGAAGCUGCAACAAGCCGUCGCCGUCGGCUGCAUUUACCACUUGAUAAGCUUCAUCAUCUGCUACAAAAAGAGGUGCUUCUUUACAAGAUCGACACAUCAGUGUCGGCAUUCAUGACAGCGGUUCUCGAAUAUGUGAGCGGUGAUAUAUUAAAACUAGCUGGUACAUUUGUGAAGAAAAUCUCACAGAAAUCUGGCUACCAGACAAUAACAUGCAGUGAUAUAAAGACGGCAAUGUGUGCAGAUAAAGUGCUGAUGGACAUGUUCUACCAAGAGCCGGAGCUGCUGGCGGCGGGCGCGGCGGGCGAGCGGCGCGGGCGGCGCGGCUCGCUCACGUACGCCGAGCUGGUGCGCGACCUGCUGGCCGACGAGCGCCACUUCCUGCGUGACCUGCACCUCAUCAUACGCGUCUUCAAGGACGAGCUCGAGAAGAUCCUCGAGCGUGACAGCCGGGCAAUAUCAUUAAUAUUCGGGAACAUAGUUGAUAUUUACGAACUGACUGUGACCCUGCUUGGUAACCUAGAGGAUGCAAUGGAAAUGUCACAAGAUUCGCCAACUCCAUACAUCGGCAGCUGUUUCGAAGAGCUGGCUGAAGUAGAAGAGUUUCGUGCGUAUGUCCGCUAUGCAAAUAUUGUAACGCGUAAAGAAUCGCGAGAAGCGUUACAAAAUAUAGUGGAUGAUCCAGUGUUAUCAGAGAGGUUAGACACGGCGGGUCACGGUUUCAGACUAGCCGUUAAGUACUAUCUGCCAAAACUGCUCCUCGCACCUGUAGCCCAUGUGUUUCUCUACCAUAAUUACGUGUUAGCGUUGUUACAAAUCGCACCGGCCUCGGAAGAUCGGGAGAGUUUUAAACAGGUUGAAUGCAAUCUUCACCCAAUAAAGAAAUUGUUAAUAAAAGCCCUUGGGAAUGGACCAAAGAUGGAAGCGACAUUACGUACGGCUGCGAGAGCGAGACGGCAACUCGCGAUAGAAAAGUGCAAUGAGUUAGCUCGGCUGGUCGACAACUGGGACAACCGCGACGUGGGACAAUGGUGCAAUGAGUUCAUAAGAGAGGAUACACUUUCGAAGAUAGGACCAGGGAAACGGAUAGCAGAGCGUCGGGCGUAUCUUUUCGAUGGUUUACUGUUACUUUGUAAACCUAUAACCAGUUUGGUGGCUGUCAACAGCAGCGGUUUAACGGCCGGUGGAAGUGGCGGCCAGCAGUUGAAACUUAAAGAAAAAUUACACGUGCGGAAAUUAGAAUUGGUUGACAGACCUGAUACAGAUGAGGGCCGACAUAUGGUGGAGCUGUGCCCACGCGUGGGACCGCCCGUGCUUCUGGCGGCCGCCUCUUGCGCUGAAAAGCGCAACUGGAUGUGCGACCUUGUCAUGCUUAAUACUAAGCCCAUGCUGGAUCGCAGUUUAGACAGCAUAUUACUAGACCUGGAACGACGGCAUCCUUUAAAACUGCCACCGGUCCAUUUGUAUCGAUUUGCCGUGCCCGACUCGCCUGACAAUAUCGUGCUGGAGGAACGAGCGUCACCUAAUACUUCACCAGUGCCUCUUAUUAAGGGUGCCACACUUCUGAAACUAGUGGAAAGGCUUACGUAUCAUAUCUACGCGGACUUGAACCUGGUGCGAACAUUCCUGACCACAUACCGUUCGUUCUGCUCCCCGAGUGAGCUGUUAGACUUGUUGAUUGAGCGGUUUCGCAUUCCAGAGCCAAGUGAAGUGUAUGAUGCACCAAGAACAGUCUCAAGGAUCAAGCCUCUGAAGAAAGACAUUAGUCCAAACUCAUCAAUAUUGGAUAUUGAAAUUGAUUGCGUGGAGAGUACGGUGAGCAGUGACGUCGAAAAAUUAAGUAAAAACACAGCAAGAGAAGAUUGGAAGAGGUACAGAAAAGAGUUUCAGCAGCCGGUGAAAUUUAGAGUUAUCAACGUGUUACGACAUUGGGUGGACCAGCAUUUCUACGAUUUUGAACGCGAGCCGGCGCUAUUAGAAAAGCUUCGUGAAUUUUUGGAGUCCGUCGAUGGAAAACCCAUGAAGAAGUGGGUGCAGAGUGUCCUCAAGACUGUACAGAGAAAGAGUGGAGGGAGCGCGGAGCUGGAGUGUGGCGGCGGCGUAUCGCACGUGUUCGACCGCGCGCCGCCCGCCGUGCUGCGCCACGUGGCGGAUCCCGAGCGCCACGCCUGGCACCCGCUCGCGCUGCACCCGCUCGAGUUGGCGCGCCAGCUCACGCUCCUCGAGUUCCAGCUCUACCGGCAGGUACGUGCACACGCACCCGUGCUGCGCCACGUGGCGGAUCCCGAGCGCCACGCCUGGCACCCGCUCGCGCUGCACCCGCUCGAGUUGGCGCGCCAGCUCACGCUCCUCGAGUUCCAGCUCUACCGGCAGGUACGUGCACACGCACCCGUGCUGCGCCACGUGGCGGAUCCCGAGCGCCACGCCUGGCACCCGCUCGCGCUGCACCCGCUCGAGUUGGCGCGCCAGCUCACGCUCCUCGAGUUCCAGCUCUACCGGCAGGUACGUGCACACGCACCCGUGCUGCGCCACGUGGCGGAUCCCGAGCGCCACGCCUGGCACCCGCUCGCGCUGCACCCGCUCGAGUUGGCGCGCCAGCUCACGCUCCUCGAGUUCCAGUUCUACCGGCAGGUACGUGCACACGCACCCGUGCUGCGCCACGUGGCGGAUCCCGAGCGCCACGCCUGGCACCCGCUCGCGCUGCACCCGCUCGAGUUGGCGCGCCAGCUCACGCUCCUCGAGUUCCAGCUCUACCGGCAGGUACGUGCACACGCACCCGUGCUGCGCCACGUGGCGGAUCCCGAGCGCCACGCCUGGCACCCGCUCGCGCUGCACCCGCUCGAGUUGGCGCGCCAGCUCACGCUCCUCGAGUUCCAGCUCUACCGGCAGGUACGUGCACACGCACCCGUGCUGCGCCACGUGGCGGAUCCCGAGCGCCACGCCUGGCACCCGCUCGCGCUGCACCCGCUCGAGUUGGCGCGCCAGCUCACGCUCCUCGAGUUCCAGCUCUACCGGCAGGUACGUGCACACGCACCCGUGCUGCGCCACGUGGCGGAUCCCGAGCGCCACGCCUGGCACCCGCUCGCGCUGCACCCGCUCGAGUUGGCGCGCCAGCUCACGCUCCUCGAGUUCCAGCUCUACCGGCAGGUACGUGCACACGCACCCGUGCUGCGCCACGUGGCGGAUCCCGAGCGCCACGCCUGGCACCCGCUCGCGCUGCACCCGCUCGAGUUGGCGCGCCAGCUCACGCUCCUCGAGUUCCAGCUCUACCGGCAGGUACGUGCACACGCACCCGUGCUGCGCCACGUGGCGGAUCCCGAGCGCCACGCCUGGCACCCGCUCGCGCUGCACCCGCUCGAGUUGGCGCGCCAGCUCACGCUCCUCGAGUUCCAGCUCUACCGGCAGGUACGUGCACACGCACCCGUGCUGCGCCACGUGGCGGAUCCCGAGCGCCACGCCUGGCACCCGCUCGCGCUGCACCCGCUCGAGUUGGCGCGCCAGCUCACGCUCCUCGAGUUCCAGCUCUACCGGCAGGUACGUGCACACGCACCCGUGCUGCGCCACGUGGCGGAUCCCGAGCGCCACGCCUGGCACCCGCUCGCGCUGCACCCGCUCGAGUUGGCGCGCCAGCUCACGCUCCUCGAGUUCCAGCUCUACCGGCAGGUACGUGCACACGCACCCGUGCUGCGCCACGUGGCGGAUCCCGAGCGCCACGCCUGGCACCCGCUCGCGCUGCACCCGCUCGAGUUGGCGCGCCAGCUCACGCUCCUCGAGUUCCAGCUCUACCGGCAGGUACGUGCACACGCACCCGUGCUGCGCCACGUGGCGGAUCCCGAGCGCCACGCCUGGCACCCGCUCGCGCUGCACCCGCUCGAGUUGGCGCGCCAGCUCACGCUCCUCGAGUUCCAGCUCUACCGGCAGGUACGUGCACACGCACCCGUGCUGCGCCACGUGGCGGAUCCCGAGCGCCACGCCUGGCACCCGCUCGCGCUGCACCCGCUCGAGUUGGCGCGCCAGCUCACGCUCCUCGAGUUCCAGCUCUACCGGCAGGUACGUGCACACGCACCCGUGCUGCGCCACGUGGCGGAUCCCGAGCGCCACGCCUGGCACCCGCUCGCGCUGCACCCGCUCGAGUUGGCGCGCCAGCUCACGCUCCUCGAGUUCCAGCUCUACCGGCAGGUACGUGCACACGCACCCGUGCUGCGCCACGUGGCGGAUCCCGAGCGCCACACCUGGCACCCGCUCGCGCUGCACCCGCUCGAGUUGGCGCGCCAGCUCACGCUCCUCGAGUUCCAGCUCUACCGGCAGGUACGUGCACACGCACCCGUGCUGCGCCACGUGGCGGAUCCCGAGCGCCACGCCUGGCACCCGCUCGCGCUGCACCCGCUCGAGUUGGCGCGCCAGCUCACGCUCCUCGAGUUCCAGCUCUACCGGCAGGUACGUGCACACGCACCCGUGCUGCGCCACGUGGCGGAUCCCGAGCGCCACGCCUGGCACCCGCUCGCGCUGCACCCGCUCGAGUUGGCGCGCCAGCUCACGCUCCUCGAGUUCCAGCUCUACCGGCAGGUACGUGCACACGCACCCGUGCUGCGCCACGUGGCGGAUCCCGAGCGCCACGCCUGGCACCCGCUCGCGCUGCACCCGCUCGAGUUGGCGCGCCAGCUCACGCUCCUCGAGUUCCAGCUCUACCGGCAGGUACGUGCACACGCACCCGUGCUGCGCCACGUGGCGGAUCCCGAGCGCCACGCCUGGCACCCGCUCGCGCUGCACCCGCUCGAGUUGGCGCGCCAGCUCACGCUCCUCGAGUUCCAGCUCUACCGGCAGGUACGUGCACACGCACCCGUGCUGCGCCACGUGGCGGAUCCCGAGCGCCACGCCUGGCACCCGCUCGCGCUGCACCCGCUCGAGUUGGCGCGCCAGCUCACGCUCCUCGAGUUCCAGCUCUACCGGCAGGUACGUGCACACGCACCCGUGCUGCGCCACGUGGCGGAUCCCGAGCGCCACGCCUGGCACCCGCUCGCGCUGCACCCGCUCGAGUUGGCGCGCCAGCUCACGCUCCUCGAGUUCCAGCUCUACCGGCAGGUACGUGCACACGCACCCGUGCUGCGCCACGUGGCGGAUCCCGAGCGCCACGCCUGGCACCCGCUCGCGCUGCACCCGCUCGAGUUGGCGCGCCAGCUCACGCUCCUCGAGUUCCAGCUCUACCGGCAGGUACGUGCACACGCACCCGUGCUGCGCCACGUGGCGGAUCCCGAGCGCCACGCCUGGCACCCGCUCGCGCUGCACCCGCUCGAGUUGGCGCGCCAGCUCACGCUCCUCGAGUUCCAGCUCUACCGGCAGGUACGUGCACACGCACCCGUGCUGCGCCACGUGGCGGAUCCCGAGCGCCACGCCUGGCACCCGCUCGCGCUGCACCCGCUCGAGUUGGCGCGCCAGCUCACGCUCCUCGAGUUCCAGCUCUACCGGCAGGUACGUGCACACGCACCCGUGCUGCGCCACGUGGCGGACCCCGAGCGCCACGCCUGGCACCCGCUCGCGCUGCACCCGCUCGAGUUGGCGCGCCAGCUCACGCUCCUCGAGUUCCAGCUCUACCGGCAGGUACGUGCACACGCACCCGUGCUGCGCCACGUGGCGGAUCCCGAGCGCCACGCCUGGCACCCGCUCGCGCUGCACCCGCUCGAGUUGGCGCGCCAGCUCACGCUCCUCGAGUUCCAGCUCUACCGGCAGGUACGUGCACACGCACCCGUGCUGCGCCACGUGGCGGAUCCCGAGCGCCACGCCUGGCACCCGCUCGCGCUGCACCCGCUCGAGUUGGCGCGCCAGCUCACGCUCCUCGAGUUCCAGCUCUACCGGCAGGUACGUGCACACGCACCCGUGCUGCGCCACGUGGCGGAUCCCGAGCGCCACGCCUGGCACCCGCUCGCGCUGCACCCGCUCGAGUUGGCGCGCCAGCUCACGCUCCUCGAGUUCCAGCUCUACCGGCAGGUACGUGCACACGCACCCGUGCUGCGCCACGUGGCGGAUCCCGAGCGCCACGCCUGGCACCCGCUCGCGCUGCACCCGCUCGAGUUGGCGCGCCAGCUCACGCUCCUCGAGUUCCAGCUCUACCGGCAGGUACGUGCACACGCACCCGUGCUGCGCCACGUGGCGGAUCCCGAGCGCCACGCCUGGCACCCGCUCGCGCUGCACCCGCUCGAGUUGGCGCGCCAGCUCACGCUCCUCGAGUUCCAGCUCUACCGGCAGGUACGUGCACACGCACCCGUGCUGCGCCACGUGGCGGAUCCCGAGCGCCACGCCUGGCACCCGCUCGCGCUGCACCCGCUCGAGUUGGCGCGCCAGCUCACGCUCCUCGAGUUCCAGCUCUACCGGCAGGUACGUGCACACGCACCCGUGCUGCGCCACGUGGCGGAUCCCGAGCGCCACGCCUGGCACCCGCUCGCGCUGCACCCGCUCGAGUUGGCGCGCCAGCUCACGCUCCUCGAGUUCCAGCUCUACCGGCAGGUACGUGCACACGCACCCGUGCUGCGCCACGUGGCGGUUCCCGAGCGCCACGCCUGGCACCCGCUCGCGCUGCACCCGCUCGAGUUGGCGCGCCAGCUCACGCUCCUCGAGUUCCAGCUCUACCGGCAGGUACGUGCACACGCACCCGUGCUGCGCCACGUGGCGGAUCCCGAGCGCCACGCCUGGCACCCGCUCGCGCUGCACCCGCUCGAGUUGGCGCGCCAGCUCACGCUCCUCGAGUUCCAGCUCUACCGGCAGGUACGUGCACACGCACCCGUGCUGCGCCACGUGGCGGAUCCCGAGCGCCACGCCUGGCACCCGCUCGCGCUGCACCCGCUCGAGUUGGCGCGCCAGCUCACGCUCCUCGAGUUCCAGCUCUACCGGCAGGUACGUGCACACGCACCCGUGCUGCGCCACGUGGCGGAUCCCGAGCGCCACGCCUGGCACCCGCUCGCGCUGCACCCGCUCGAGUUGGCGCGCCAGCUCACGCUCCUCGAGUUCCAGCUCUACCGGCAGGUACGUGCACACGCACCCGUGCUGCGCCACGUGGCGGAUCCCGAGCGCCACGCCUGGCACCCGCUCGCGCUGCACCCGCUCGAGUUGGCGCGCCAGCUCACGCUCCUCGAGUUCCAGCUCUACCGGCAGGUACGUGCACACGCACCCGUGCUGCGCCACGUGGCGGAUGCCGAGCGCCACGCCUGGCACCCGCUCGCGCUGCACCCGCUCGAGUUGGCGCGCCAGCUCACGCUCCUCGAGUUCCAGCUCUACCGGCAGGUACGUGCACACGCACCCGUGCUGCGCCACGUGGCGGAUCCCGAGCGCCACGCCUGGCACCCGCUCGCGCUGCACCCGCUCGAGUUGGCGCGCCAGCUCACGCUCCUCGAGUUCCAGCUCUACCGGCAGGUACGUGCACACGCACCCGUGCUGCGCCACGUGGCGGAUCCCGAGCGCCACGCCUGGCACCCGCUCGCGCUGCACCCGCUCGAGUUGGCGCGCCAGCUCACGCUCCUCGAGUUCCAGCUCUACCGGCAGGUACGUGCACACGCACCCGUGCUGCGCCACGUGGCGGAUCCCGAGCGCCACGCCUGGCACCCGCUCGCGCUGCACCCGCUCGAGUUGGCGCGCCAGCUCACGCUCCUCGAGUUCCAGCUCUACCGGCAGGUACGUGCACACGCACCCGUGCUGCGCCACGUGGCGGACCCCGAGCGCCACGCCUGGCACCCGCUCGCGCUGCACCCGCUCGAGUUGGCGCGCCAGCUCACGCUCCUCGAGUUCCAGCUCUACCGGCAGGUACGUGCACACGCACCCGUGCUGCGCCACGUGGCGGAUCCCGAGCGCCACGCCUGGCACCCGCUCGCGCUGCACCCGCUCGAGUUGGCGCGCCAGCUCACGCUCCUCGAGUUCCAGCUCUACCGGCAGGUACGUGCACACGCACCCGUGCUGCGCCACGUGGCGGAUCCCGAGCGCCACGCCUGGCACCCGCUCGCGCUGCACCCGCUCGAGUUGGCGCGCCAGCUCACGCUCCUCGAGUUCCAGCUCUACCGGCAGGUACGUGCACACGCACCCGUGCUGCGCCACGUGGCGGAUCCCGAGCGCCACGCCUGGCACCCGCUCGCGCUGCACCCGCUCGAGUUGGCGCGCCAGCUCACGCUCCUCGAGUUCCAGCUCUACCGGCAGGUACGUGCACACGCACCCGUGCUGCGCCACGUGGCGGAUCCCGAGCGCCACGCCUGGCACCCGCUCGCGCUGCACCCGCUCGAGUUGGCGCGCCAGCUCACGCUCCUCGAGUUCCAGCUCUACCGGCAGGUACGUGCACACGCACCCGUGCUGCGCCACGUGGCGGAUCCCGAGCGCCACGCCUGGCACCCGCUCGCGCUGCACCCGCUCGAGUUGGCGCGCCAGCUCACGCUCCUCGAGUUCCAGCUCUACCGGCAGGUACGUGCACACGCACCCGUGCUGCGCCACGUGGCGGAUCCCGAGCGCCACGCCUGGCACCCGCUCGCGCUGCACCCGCUCGAGUUGGCGCGCCAGCUCACGCUCCUCGAGUUCCAGCUCUACCGGCAGGUACGUGCACACGCACCCGUGCUGCGCCACGUGGCGGAUCCCGAGCGCCACGCCUGGCACCCGCUCGCGCUGCACCCGCUCGAGUUGGCGCGCCAGCUCACGCUCCUCGAGUUCCAGCUCUACCGGCAGGUACGUGCACACGCACCCGUGCUGCGCCACGUGGCGGAUCCCGAGCGCCACGCCUGGCACCCGCUCGCGCUGCACCCGCUCGAGUUGGCGCGCCAGCUCACGCUCCUCGAGUUCCAGCUCUACCGGCAGGUACGUGCACACGCACCCGUGCUGCGCCACGUGGCGGACCCCGAGCGCCACGCCUGGCACCCGCUCGCGCUGCACCCGCUCGAGUUGGCGCGCCAGCUCACGCUCCUCGAGUUCCAGCUCUACCGGCAGGUACGUGCACACGCACCCGUGCUGCGCCACGUGGCGGAUCCCGAGCGCCACGCCUGGCACCCGCUCGCGCUGCACCCGCUCGAGUUGGCGCGCCAGCUCACGCUCCUCGAGUUCCAGCUCUACCGGCAGGUACGUGCACACGCACCCGUGCUGCGCCACGUGGCGGAUCCCGAGCGCCACGCCUGGCACCCGCUCGCGCUGCACCCGCUCGAGUUGGCGCGCCAGCUCACGCUCCUCGAGUUCCAGCUCUACCGGCAGGUACGUGCACACGCACCCGUGCUGCGCCACGUGGCGGAUCCCGAGCGCCACGCCUGGCACCCGCUCGCGCUGCACCCGCUCGAGUUGGCGCGCCAGCUCACGCUCCUCGAGUUCCAGCUCUACCGGCAGGUGAAACCAUCGGAGCUUGUGGGUGCAGUAUGGACCAAAAAAGAUAAGCAUAAAACCAGCCCAAACCUGCUUAGGAUAAUAAAACAUACCACAAAUUUUUCUUGGUGGAUGGAGAAGUGGAUAGUGGAGAGUGAAAACCUGGAGGAGCGAGCUGCGAUAGUUUGCAGAUGUCUAGAGUUAGCCAUUGCAUUACGUGAUCUGAAUAAUUUUAAUGGCGUGUUGGCGGUGGCCGCGGCUUGUGGAAGCGCUUCUGUACAUCGGUUACGAGCUACUUUUCAGAUGGUUCCUCUAAGGCUAAUACGUGCUCUGGAAGAAUUCCGUGAGCUAAACUCUGACCAUUUCCGGCGUUACCAAGAGCGGUUACGGAGUAUAAACCCACCCUGCGUGCCCUUCUUUGGCAUGUACCUGACAAACAUUCUGCACAUUGAAGAGGGCAAUCUUGAUUUCCUUCCUAACUCGGAAUUGAUAAAUUUCUCUAAGCGGAGAAAAGUGGCGGAAAUAACGGGCGAGAUUCAACAGUACCAAAAUCAACCGUACUGCCUUACAGUAGAACCUAGAACGAGGGCGUUUCUAGAAUCGCUAGACCCAUUUCCGGACAUGGACGAAAAUUCAGUUACUAACUACCUUUAUGCUAAGAGUCUGGAGAUUGAACCACGGCCGCCAGUGAAGCAAAUGCCUAAAUUUCCGCGCAAGUACCCCGAACUGUCGCUGAAGCCUGUGAAAGUGUCGCGGCGCUCGCACGACGCUCAUCACUCCGCUUCAAGCGCAUCCAGCAACGAUGAUAAUCUUAGCGUGUCGCAGCUGUCGCCAACGAGCGGCGGCACGUGGGACGGCGCGUCUGUGGCUUCGCUGCAGCUGCACCACGACGACAAAGGAUCUCGAAGUGAAGAAAGAGGCUCCCUGACUAGUCCACGCCUGGAAAGAUGUUCAAGCAGCUCCCUAGGACAACUUGGACAACUGAGUCUCUUCGACAAAGGCCUUGCGCUGUUCGAUAAGAGCAAAUCCACCGUCGUGCUGAAUGCAAGGAGCAGUGGACGCGAUGAACCUCCUUCACCUCGCGACAAUCAUUCACCAAGGCAUGACCGGAGUAACUCGUCAACGCUGACUCGUCGUGCACCGGCGCUGUCUCCGCGCAGCGCCAUAGUGGACGCAGAGGUGUUCUACUCCAGGAGUGCGGAACAUCUCGGCUGCCGGCGACAGGAACAGGAGCGUGUGCCGCCACUGCUGCCACGUGGCAGCGCAGCGGGCGCGGAGCCCGACAAGCCGCCGCUGUUACCGCGCCGCGCCGCCUCCCCGCCCGCGCACAGCGCUAACUGCGAACCGCCGCCAGAGCCGCCCGACAGACCGUUGCCAAGUCCCAAACAUCAUGACCUGUUCAGGACGCCAGCCAUGUCGCCGAAGCGUUCGCCAGCUCCCGCGCCACCCAUAAGCCCGCUGACGCAAUGCAACAACCCUGAACUGAGAACUGCGGCUUUUAACUUUCCAUCGGCGGUGUCCCCGUCUACAUCGCACCAUUCGACGGAGGGGUGCGGCACUUCGCCCCCGGUGCCCCCCGUGCCGCCGCUGCCGCCGCCGCUGCCGCCUCGCCGGCGCCGGGACUCCGCGGCGCCGCCCACCCCGCUGCACCAGACGUCCUGGAGCGAGUCCGGCAACAUGAGCAGCGGUGGAUCUCCCGCGGGUGGUGGUGUGGUGGCCGCAGUUGCUACAGGGGCGCCCCCACCGCUGCCACCGCGGCCCGCGCCUGCGCCGGCGCCCGCGCCCGAGCUGCUGCGGCCCGCACACUCCGCGCUGCUGCAGCGCAGGCACCACACCGCCGCGCUGGCGCCCCGCCUGCCGCCCAAGCCGCCGCCGGCGGCCGUGGCGCCGCGCACCUAG